AAGCUCUCGAUCCCCGGUGCCUUCGCCCCCGGCCCCCGGGGGAUGAGUCCGCAGACCGCCCCAGCUGCCCCAGUCCAGCGGAGCUGCUGCCGUUCUGGCCACGUCUGGUUGCUUCCUUGCCCUCUUCCCAUCGCGGGCCGGACGCAUCACCCUCAGGCCACCUUCUGCACAGCUACGCCGACAGGAUGUUUCUUUUGAAGUAUUUUUGAAGAUGAAGAGUUUUUUUAUGCUUUUAGAAAAACUAAAAAAGAUUCCAGUCUGACAUGACGACAGAAAAUGUUGUUCUGACUUCUACAAAUGGAGAACUCAAAGGAUUUAUAGAUCAGAACCUGAGUCCAACAAAAGGUAACAUUUCACUUGUUGCAUAUCCAGUUUCCAGCACGAAUUCAGCAACAAAAAUUUUACCAAAAACCUUAGGACCAAUAAAUGUGAAUGUUGGACCCCAAAUGAUUAUAAGCACACCACAAAGACUAGCCAGUUCUGGAAGUGUUCUGAUCGGGAAUCCUUAUAGCCCUGCACCAGCAAUGGUCACUCAGACACAUGUGACAGAAGCCACUGGCUGGGUUCCAGGGGACCGAAAACGUGCUAGAGAGUUUAUAGACUCUGGUUUUUCAGAAAGUAAAAGAAGCAAAAAAGGAGAUAAAAAUGGGAAAGGCUUGAGACAUUUUUCAAUGAAAGUAUGUGAAAAAGUUCAACGCAAAGGAACAACUUCGUAUAAUGAAGUGGCUGAUGAGCUGGUAUCAGAGUUUACCAAUUCAAAUAAUCAUUUGGCAACAGAUUCACAGGCUUACGAUCAGAAGAACAUUAGGCGAAGAGUUUACGAUGCCCUCAAUGUGCUAAUGGCAAUGAACAUAAUUUCAAAGGAAAAAAAAGAAAUAAAGUGGAUUGGGCUUCCUACAAACUCAGCUCAAGAAUGUCAAAAUCUAGAGAUCGAGAAGCAACGGCGAAUAGAGCGCAUAAAGCAGAAGAGGGCUCAGCUGCAGGAGCUACUGCUGCAGCAAAUAGCUUUUAAAAAUCUGGUGCAAAGAAAUCGGCAGAAUGAGCAGCAGAACCAGGGCCCUCCGGCUCUGAACUCCACAAUACAAUUGCCUUUUAUCAUUGUCAACACAAGCAAAAGAACCGUCAUAGACUGUAGCAUCUCAAGUGACAAGUUCGAGUAUCUUUUUAAUUUUGACAAUACUUUUGAAAUCCAUGAUGAUAUAGAGGUGUUGAAGCGAAUGGGAAUGUCUUUUGGCCUAGAAACAGGCAAAUGUUCACUUGAAGACCUGAGAAUUGCUAAAUCAUUGGUGCCAAAGGCGUUAGAAGGUUAUAUCACCGAUAUGUCUACAGGACCUUCAUGGUUGAAUCAGGGGCUACUUCUGAAUUCAACCCAGUCUGUUCCAAAUUUAGAUAUGACUGGCAGUACCACUUUAUCACAAGCAAGUGUAAACCAAGGGUUUUGUUUGGAUGCUGAAGUGGCCUUAGCAACUGGGCAUUUCCUUGCCCCAAGCAGUCAGCAGUCCAGCAGUGCCACAUCCCACUAUUCAGAGUCCCGUGGUGAGACCCCCUGCUCUUUCAACGAUGAGGAUGAAGAUGAAGAUGAUGAGGACCCUUCAUCCCCAGAAUAAAGACAGUAGAAAAGCUAAAUUUUA